AUGGGAGAGCUGGACAAAACAAUCUUGUCCGCCUCCUGCAGCAAAACCAAGCCACCCACAUUCAGGUCUUGGUCGCUCUCUGGUGAAAUCAUCAGAGUAACCUGCGACGAUGACCUGACGUUGGAAUGGCUAAAAACUAAGGUACCAACCUUAAAAACAUGGGAAGGAGCAACACUCGCAGUUUUAAGGAUAAACGAGCUCCCCAAGCUCACCAAAGCCUCUCUCUGGAUCCCAGGGGAAGCGCAAGCUGACCUUGAUGAGAAAAAGGUUGUGCUCAGGCGACUUGAGGGGCAAAACCCAAACUUGCAUUUGGCGAAAUGGUGCACCUUCCACCAUGAAAUCAAAAAAGACCCUAGGGGCCAUCUCUUCGCCUUCGGCAUCGGAGACGAAGAUAUGGGAACCCUAAAGGCUAAAUCAAUGCGGAUGAGCUAUGCGUUCAUCUCAUUAAUUAUAAGGCCAAAGGUCGAAAAAGAGGCUGAACCGGGGCCCAGUGAAGACUCCUUGGUAAAAGACUCUCUUCCUACCUAA